CGCUUCUUCGCUGCCAAGCUGGACUGCCAACAUCAUGAAAAAAUCUGCGUGUCCGUCUUCCUCGUCGUCGGUGGAGCCAACCGUGAAGAAACAGAAAAUGGAUGAAGAUCGUCCCGGCCCAGACCAGGCCACUCCGCCGGAGGACGCUGGUUCGUCAAAGCCCGCCGACUACGUAGCACUGUUCAAGGCCGAGCGGAACAGCACCGCGCCAUCGGUGCUCGAUUUCGAUUUCAUAAAAAAACGUGUGCGAGUCCUAUCGACUGCCAAGGUGGUAGACGAAAGCAAGCAGGCUAUCCUGUAUUGGAUGUCCCGGGACGUGCGGGUGCAAGAUAAUUGGGCCUUUCUGUACGCACAGAAACUUGCGUUUAAAAACGAACUGCCCUUGUUCGUUUGCUUCAACUUGGUGCCCAAAUUCUUGGAAGCCACUAUCCGUCAUUUCAAAUUUUUACUCUGGGGUCUGGAGGAAGUGGCCCGCGAGUGCGAGAAGCUAAACAUCCAGUUUGUUCUGCUGCGCGGAAAUGCGGCCGAGAACGUACCGGCCUUCGUGAAGAAACACAAAAUCGGCUGCGUGGUGUGUGACUUUAGUCCGCUACGCGUUCCGAUGCAAUGGGUUGACGACGUAGCCAAAGCGCUCCCGAUGGAGGUUCCACUGUGUCAGGUGGACGCACACAACAUCGUGCCGGUUUGGGUGACUUCGGAGAAGCAAGAGUAUGCGGCACGCACGAUAAGAAAUAAGGUGAACGGUCAUUUAGCAGCCUACCUGACACCAUUUCCACCGGUCAUCAAGCAUCCACACACGUCCCGAUUCGUAGCCAAACCGAUCGACUGGCCACGGGUGAUCGAAUCGCUGGAGGUAGACCGCUCGGUGGACGAAGUCGAGUGGGCCACUCCCGGAUACGUCGCUGGUGUGCGGAUGUUGCAAAGCUUCGUCGAGAAGCGCCUCAGCAAGUUCGAUGGCAAGCGCAACGAUCCGACGGAAAAUGCCCUUUCGCAGCUUUCGCCCUGGUUCCACUUUGGGCAGCUGUCGGUGCAGCGAGCCAUCCUGGCCGUCAAAAGCUACGGCAAGCGCCAUACGGACGGUGUGGCCGCAUUCUGCGAGGAAGCGAUCGUGCGCCGCGAACUGUCCGACAACUUUUGCUUCUACAACAAAAACUACGACAAUCUGCGCGGGGCAAACGAAUGGGCCCGGAAGUCCCUGGACGACCACCGCAAGGAUAAGCGCACCUACUGUUACACCCGAAGCGAGCUGGAUUCGGCCAAAACGCACGACGACCUGUGGAACGCCGCCCAGCUGCAGAUGGUGACGGAAGGCAAGAUGCACGGGUUUUUGCGGAUGUACUGGGCGAAGAAAAUUCUCGAGUGGACCAAAACACCCGAAGAAGCGCUCGCGACGGCCAUCUAUCUGAACGAUCGGUACAAUCUCGAUGGGCGCGACCCGAACGGAUACGUGGGCUGCAUGUGGUCGAUCGCCGGCACCCACGAUAUGGGGCGGAAGGAACGGGACAUCUUCGGCAAGAUUCGCUACAUGAACUACGACGGCUGUAAGCGCAAGUUCGACGUGCGCGCGUUUGUCGCCCGCUAUGGUGGCAAGGUUUACCAACGCAAAUAGUUUACCGUUAUUGUUGUUUCUUGUUCGCAAAUCUUGAUAAAUUUUCGUCGUUUCUCGUUCUUUUUUGUCUUGUCUCGUUAUCCUUUUCAGCAAAAUGAGUUCCUUGAGGCAAAGUUACUUAAAAUAUGUAACCGAA